AUGGAGAUGGUUGCCACGUGUCCAGUGAGUCAAUCUCUUCCUCCGUGUUUUCUCCACGCGAGGAGGAGACAAGAAGCAAGAUUCGUUUUCGUCACCAGCGGAACAGCAGAGUGCAUCGGCUGCAGAGCUCCAACCCAGGCGCCAGACACCCGGAAGCGGAAGCGAGUCCGGUCCGAGAAGCUUCCAGAUUUCCUCGCGAAGCCCCGCCAUGUCGCCAAUCAAGAGAUAAACCCAAUGGGACAAGUUCCAGCAAUAGUCGAUGGAAGGUUUAAACUUUUUGAAAGUCAUGCCAUUUUGAGGUAUCUUGCGUCGUUCUUCCCCGGAGUUGCAGAUCACUGGUAUCCAGCUGACUUGUUUACCAGAGCCAAAAUUGAAUCAAUCUUGGAUUGGCAUCACUCAAAUUUGCGUCUUGGUGCAGGAACCUUUGUAUACUACACUGCAUUGGCACCUUUUCUUGGCCUUAGGCCACGUCCAGAUGCUACAAAACGUGCAGAAAAAGUGCUGAUGCAAUCCCUGGCAAGGAUUGAAUCCAUAUGGCUGAAAGGUGACGCCAAGUUUUUACUGGGUAGUCCCCAGCCAUCAAUCGCAGAUCUAAGCCUUGUUUGUGAGAUAAUGCAAUUGGAGGCUCUUGGUGAUGAUAUGCGGAACAAAUUUCUGGGAGGUCAUGAGAGGAUCCUCACUUGGAUCGACAAUGUGAGGAAAGCCACAAGUCCUCACUUUGACGAAGCCCACAUGUUCCUCUUCGAAGUGAAGGCACAAAUGCAAAGCAAGGCCGCUGCUGCAGCAGCAAAACAGGGUGGUUCUGAGGCAAGCUCAAAGCUCAAAUUCGCAUCGAAGCUUUGA